AACUCGGUUAAUGAAACGCAUUGCAGGAUAUGUUUUUUGUAUUUUCGGCGGAGCUGAUUUUCCAAUUGCUCAGAGACCUUUUGCUGUGGAGACUGUGAAUAAAAAUCAGAAGGCUUCCUGAAGACCAUGAAGUUUACAGAUCAAGAGCCUGCCUUUGUCUCCUGCUGUCAUCCAGCCAAUGCUGUACCCUCUUAAAACACCAGCACUGUUAUCCAGCACAUUUCUUGCCUUAUUGCUACCAUUCAAUCACUGUACCAGCAAAUCCUCAAACAUUAUCUACCUGCUCAACACUUGCCCAGGUGCUUUCAUUACCUGUGAAGAGCUUCCUCCUCAGCUCCUCCAAAGUCUUUUUUUCUCACUCCAGACGGCCUCCAUUCUCAAAUGAUGCGGACGGACAGCAAAGGCCGAAGUGCCUCCCCUCACAGGAUAACUUACAAGUCUGACUUCCAUGCCAUCAAAUGUUCAUUUGACACCGGGACCAGUCUGCAACAAGGGAACAAAGCUGCUGCUGCUGCCCACCGCUCUGCUGUGCAUCCAAACAAGUUGCCAUCCAGCCUGUCAGAUCCCAUAAUGUCCAACACCAGCACUGGUAGCAGAGGGAGAGUCCACAGCACCAGGGGGAACAAGAUCAGAGACAACAUUUUCCUCCAAAUGGACAGCCAGCAGGUGAGACAAGAUGGUGGCCCAGUGCUGAGUUCUGGCUCCACACCCCUAAUUUCUCCCCAAAAUCCUAGCCUGCAGGUCCAGACUUCACCUUUCUCUGGACCCAGACGUUCGGUCAUGAGUUCCUCAUCUGUUCUGAGCACUGUGGCCAGCAUUUCAACUCCAGAAUCCUGUCUGCAAGAGAAAGCCUCCAGACCAGAUGAGAUAACCGAUAUCGACAGAGCUGCUCUGGCUCAGAAGUUCUCUGUAACUCGGAAGUUGUUUGAGACCAAGGUGAUGGAGCUUGGAGGAGUUUCAAAACCUGUGACCGUCAGGGGAAGCAGAGGGAUGUCAGACGGGAAAGUAGAAGGAGAAGAUGGGAGAGGAGGAGGCGGCAGCCACAUGGACAAAGAGGAAGAGGCAAGUUGGAAAAGGAACCACACAGAGGAAGAUGGCUUUGAUAAAGACAAAUCCAUAAACAUUCCCUCGCCAAAGCCUCCUGCACCCUCGUCACUAACAGGACACCCUAAAUCUCCUGUAUUGGAUGGCCCAGAUGAAGCAUCCUACAAAUCUCCCUCCUAUCUUGAUGAACAUGACCAAACCACAGGAACACAGGCAGAAGAAGUAAGGGCAGAAAGCGCUAAUCUUGACCACAGCUUCACCCCCGAGGAGCCAUUGAGAGCAGAACUUGUUGACGUGAAGACAGAGUCAUCGGAAAGUGAUGAGAACGAAGAGGAAAAGGAGCGAAAACAGAUCAGUAAAUGGCUUAAGGAUGAGGGGGAGAAGCAUAUGAACCAAAUUACAGGAGAAAGUGUGGAGGCCCUUGUGGAUGAUGUUUUUGAAGAAGCAACACCAGGAACUUAUACGCUGGAGAACAGAGUGGAACCAAGAGCAGGAGAAGACAGGCCAGUCGCUCCCUCAGAACAACACCAGAGGCAGUUACCCACCAGCAUGCCAUGUAAUAGAGAGACUAAAGAUGACGGGAGGUGUGGAAGAGACAAGUAUCAGCAGGUGAAUGAACAAUGGGAGGGUGAAAGGGAGGAGCGGAACGGAGAGUUCAUUGCACAGGCUGAGAAGAAGUCAAAAGAGAAGCGGGACAGCUGGGAGAAAGAGACCAAUGAAGGUUUGAAAGGAAGUGCUGGAGGGGAAGACAGGGACAUGAUGAAAGAGGAGGAUGUUGACAAGGAAAUUGGGGAAAAGAGGGAAGGUGAAAGUGGAGAGGAACAAUGUAGACAAAGUCCAGAUAAGGAAAGAAUUGAAAAAGAAGUUGGAAGGGAGAGAGAAGAAGGUACAACGUCUGAGCAUGCCAAUGAGGAGGCCAAGUAUGUGGCAUUCAGAGGAGGUAGUGAUGGAAAGGGUGACACAGGAGGAGGCAAAGAGGACCAGAUGGGAUCUACGGUAAUAUGUGGGAUUGAAAACAAGGCUUUUGUGUAUGAUCAGGAAUCCCAGACUCAUACAGAGCAUCCAGCAUCACCAGAACAGGACUCUGGAAAGUCACCUCAGGAAGGAAAUCAGCUUUUACUGGAAUAUGAUGAAGUUCCCGGUGUUACUCAUCAUGGUGACGAGGAUGCAUCAGAGGCGGUAAAGAGAAAGGUCAGGUUCUCGUCAGCACCGAUCAAGGUGUACACCACCUAUUCUAAUGCAGAGUACGACAGACACAAUGAAGAUAUCGAUCCAGUGUCUGCCUCGGCCGAGUAUGAGCUGGAGAAGAGAGUGGACAGGAUGGACGUCUUUCCGGUGGAGAUAGAAAAGGGAGACGAUGGUCUGGGUAUCAGUAUCAUAGGAAUGGGUGUAGGAGCUGACCAGGGACUGGAAAAACUGGGAAUCUUUGUCAAGACAAUAACUGAAGGUGGAGCAACACAGAAGGAUGGAAGGAUUCAGGUGAAUGACCAGAUAGUGGAGGUGGAUGGGGUGAGUUUGGUUGGAGUCUCCCAGCUGUUUGCAGCCACAGUCCUCAAGAACACGUCAGGCCUUGUCAAGUUUCUGAUCGGCCGUGAGAAAGAGGGGGUGGAGAGUGAGGUGGCACGGCUGAUCAAUGAAAGCCUGGAAAUGGAUAAAACAUCCAGAAAGAGGGAAAGAGCAGGCGGAGACCAGGACAAUGACGGCAGCGUGUCAGAGAAGGAGUCAGUGGCUGAAGAAGAGGAGGAAGAUGAAGAGGAGGAUGUGUCUGGUCUUUCCAGUCUGGACAACUACAGGCUCUGCCUCAAAUACCAGCAGCUUCAGUCAAAACUACGAAGCAAAACGGCUCAACUUCACAGCGCUAGAGAAAAGUUAAAGGCCUGGGAGGAGCGGCAGGCGCGUUGGGAGAGCCAGAAGGCAGAGCUGGAGCAGAGAGCAGAGGAUGGAGAGGAGAAAGCUGACAAACUCGAGAAGUAUUGGCAAGAAGCCCAGACAUUGUGCAGGGUUGUUAGCCAGCGAUUGGCUGACGCCCAGAGCCAGUCAGAAAGCCUGGAGAUCAAAUACAACAAGGCCAAGAGACUGGUCAGAGAAUACCAGAGCAGAGAGGAGGAGUGGGAGAAAAGAGAAGCAGAUUUAAGGCGAGAAAUGGAAGAAAGAGAGAAGCAGCACAGAGACACCGUUGAAAGGCUGCAAAUCCAGAUAGCACCGCUAGAGAGAAAAGAGCCUGUAGCUGAAAGAAUGAACCACUCUGUGGACUCUUCAGUCAAAGGUCCAGAUUGGUAUAUUCCAGUCCCCAAUACAGGACGUCUAGACUCCAGUGCUCAUAUAGCCAGAGCUCAGCUGGCCCAGAAAUCCAAGCGCCACCCACCCUCACGAGACAAACUCAGAGAGAGCUUCAGAAAACAGGAAGAUGAAGCCCAAAAACCACACGAGAGCCAAUCAGUGUCUGCGCCCACAGUGGAACAAAGGAGCAGCAGGAGCGACAUGUCCAGUACCUCCUCGUUCUCAGCCCUCAGUCCUCAUCCUCCCACCGGCCCCCUCUUCACCCCUUCCAUCUACAUCACUGACACUGUCACUCCUUCACCAUGCAAAUCCUCAGCUUCCAGGAAGUCCAAAAGGAAAUUUCCAGACUUGAGUGGCCUUCGUAAAUCUCUCAGCAAAAGGAGGAGUGAAAAACACAGCAGAAGGUCCAUGAACAAUAGGGGGUCAUGUGGUGACCUUGUGGAUGAGCCCACUGGAGUUUCUCCAUCAGGUUCAAUCACCUCCAUGCCCUCUUGUCUGCCAUUUCCCUGGUUUGGAGAGAAAGGGAGGGAGAAAGAGGAGGAGGAGGGGGAGAGGGGCAGGGAGAGGCUUCGGUCUGUGUCCAGCAGCAGUUUGCCGUACCUGACCACGACGGGCAGAAGAGACCAGACGCUGGACGAUGACCCAGUUCCCACCAAUAACAACAACCAGUGGCAAAGUCGACCUGUGUUGGAGUGGAACAGCCAGCAGGUCUGUCUGUGGUUGGUCGCCAUGAACAUGGAUCAGUACACGUCCGAGUUUGCUGCCAGAGGAGUGGACGGGACGCAGCUGCUCAACAUGGACAGUGAGAAACUCAAGGCUCUGGGCGUGUGCAGUCAAAGUGACCGGUCUGCCCUCAAGAAGAAGCUGAAGGAGAUGAAGAGGAGAGAGGAGAAAGAACAGAGGAAAGGAGAGAAGAGGCUGAAGGAGGAAAAGGAAAAAGAGAAGAAUGCAGUAUUGGACAAAGAGAAUGAAGGAAAAGAGAAAGUGAGGGUGAUGAUGGAGGAGAAGUCUGUGAAAGACGUCAGAUGCAGUGUCAAAACUGUGAGGACUGAGUCUCUGUUAUAAAGGAAAGACAGGUGACGUUCGGAUACACCACCAGCAUAAGGGUGUGUGUGCACUCUGACACGCACAGAAAUACACUUGAACCAAUUUCUAUUUUGCUAAUAGAAACAGGUAGAUCCACUGCACACAUCAUCUCUUGGUCACAUGUGAAUAGUUUUCAUUCAGGAUACAGAACACUGAUUUUAAAUGAUGGAAAAUCUUCAGACCACAUCAGUCACGUCAUACGUCAGUUUUAAAGUGUGUGAGAAUGUGACUGUUUUAAAGUGAUUUUUCUUUUCUGUUUUUUUUUUCAUGAACCUUAAAUUAUCCUUAGUGAUUUUAAUAUUUAACAAUGUGCUGAUUUUAAGCACUCAGGUAUUUGCUGUAAAUGCUUUUUUUAUGUAUUAAUAAAUAAAGCUUUUAACGUCCUGCUGUCGC